AUGAGGCUCUUCCGGAGACGCUGCAGCCCCUUGAAGGUGGCUUUGGCAGGCGCAGCCUUCGUCGUCUUCCUCUUCACGCUGCAGAAGGACGUGGGGAAGAGGCAGGCGAGCGAGGAAGCCUGGCUGAAGAACAUCGUCCAGGGCAAGGACCAGGUGCUCGACCUGAUGCUGGGGGCAGUGCACAACCUUCGCGACUCGAUGCCCAAGCUGCAGAUCGGGGCUCCGGUGCAGCCGGCAGAAGCAGUGCCCGGGACUCGCUCCUGCCUGCCCGGGGUCUACACGGCAGCUGAGCUUCAGCCGCUGAUGGAGAGGCCCCCCCAAGACCCUGCCAGCCCUGGAGCCGAUGGCAAAGCCUUCAAGAAGGAUCGCUGGACGCCAGAGGAGACGAAGGAGAAGGAGCGCGGUUACGAGAAGCACUGCUUCAACGCCUUCGCCAGCGACCGCAUCUCCCUGCAGCGAGCGCUGGGCCCCGACAGCCGCCCGCCGGAGUGCAUUGACCAGAAAUUCAAGCGGUGCCCCCCCCUGCCCAGCACCAGCGUCGUCAUCGUCUUCCACAACGAGGCUUGGUCGACGCUGCUGCGGACGGUGUACAGCGUCCUGCACACCUCCCCGGCCCUCCUGCUGAAGGAGAUCGUUCUGGUGGACGACGCCAGCACGGAUGAGCACCUGCAGGCCGAGCUGGAUCACUUCGUGGAGCAGCUGCAGAUCGUGCGAGUCGUGCGGCAGGCGCAGCGCAAGGGUCUGAUCACGGCGCGGCUGCUGGGGGCCAGCGUGGCCAGCGGGGAGGUCCUGACCUUUCUGGAUGCCCACUGCGAGUGUUUCCACGGCUGGCUGGAGCCUCUCUUGUCCCGCAUCGCCGAGGAGCCCAGGGCCGUGGUCAGCCCUGACAUUGCCACCAUCGACCUCAACACCUUCGAGUUCUCCCGGCCCGUGCAGCACGGCAAGCAGCACAGCCGCGGCAACUUCGACUGGAGCCUCACCUUCGGCUGGGAGCUCGUCCCCCCCCGAGAGAGGCAGCGCAGGAAGGACGAGACCUUCCCCAUCAAGUCCCCAACCUUUGCUGGUGGCCUUUUUGCCAUCUCCAAGUCCUACUUCGAGCACAUUGGCUCCUACGAUGAUCAGAUGGAGAUAUGGGGGGGUGAGAACGUGGAGAUGUCCUUCAGGGUCUGGCAGUGUGGAGGUCAAGUUGAGAUCAUCCCUUGCUCCGUCGUGGGUCAUGUCUUCCGCUCCAAGAGCCCUCACACCUUCCCCAAGGGCACCCAGGUCAUCUCCAGGAACCUGGUCCGCCUGGCUGAGGUCUGGAUGGAUGACUACAAGGAGAUCUUCUACAGGAGGAACCAGCAAGCUGCACAGAUGGCCAGAGAGAAGACGUAUGGUGACAUUACAGAGCGCCGCAGGCUGAGGGAGCAGCUCCGCUGCAACAACUUCACCUGGUACCUCCAGAACGUCUACCCGGAGAUGUCCGUUCCCGACCUGACUCCAGCCUUCUACGGAGCAAUAAGAAACGAGGGCACCAAGAGCUGCCUGGACGUCGGUGAGAACAACCAGGGUGGGAAACCACUUAUCAUGUACCCCUGCCACGGGAUGGGGGGCAACCAGUACUUUGAGUACACAAGCCAGAGGGAGCUGCGGCACAACAUCGGCAAGGAGCUGUGCCUGCAGGCACGGGCGGGCCCCACCGAGCUGGGUCCCUGCCAGUACCGAGGGAAGCCUGGGCAUGUGCCAGCCAGUGAGGAGUGGGACCUGACCCAGGAUCGACUGAUUAAGAACCCAGCGUCCGGCACCUGCCUGACUGCACGGGGGAAGCACCCAGCAAUGGCUCCCUGUGACCCAGCAGACCCCCACCAGCUCUGGGCCUUCACCUAAGCUUGGAGCAGAGCAGCUUCAGCCCCCAGCCGUGCUCAGGAAGCCAGAAACCAGGAAAUCUUCCCCUUUGUUGCUAUUUAAGAAGUGAAAGCCUUCAACAUGCUGCAUUUGAUGGUUGCCUUGACCUCAGUCCUGUGCCUUUGGAGCUGGCAACUCAGAGAGCCAACCUCAGCUGAUGGAACCCCCACAGAGCUUGAAACGGCCAAGGAUGCUCUUCAUGGAGCUGCCUGAGGAUGCUCUUGGGUCCUGCCCAUCCUUCCCCUGCCCAGCUCCAGUCAGAGACUCUAAAAUUCCCACUGAAAAACUCAUCCACGCUGCCAAGCACCAGACAGCUGAGUGGGAUGCUCCUGCCAACGAGGAGGAGGAUGGUGAGUGGUGUGUGCAGCUCACCCCACCAGAGAGUGGAUUGUGGCUUGGUGCAAGCAAGGAAACCACUCCAGGAACGUCAAGGAGCUGCCAGGAUCUGGCCCUCUCCUGCCUCGGCACCAGCAGCUUUGUCCAUCACCGUUAGCAGGAGGGGGGAGGUUGAGCUGUGUCUGCUUUUAGGGGUUGAAGCUGAGUGGGGGGGAAGGUAGAUCAAUACCUGUGGGGUUGUUGUUAGGUGGUGCUGCCCAGGGCUGGUUCUGCUUGCCCUCAGCAUCGCCUGCAGGAGAGGUUUUCCCACAGCACACAGCUUGGAGGCACCGCAGCAGCCUCCCAGAGGGGCUCUCGGCAUAGCCUGGCAAUGAGAGAUCUCCUCCCUCCCCCGGUGCUCUUCAAGCCCCACAACUGUAGCUGUAGCUGCCACUUCGUUGCCUUUUC